GACAACGGACAGCCUCCCCCUCUCUUCGCUCCUUUCUGCCAUCUUAACCAAAAAUCCCUCUGCACUUUCCCCACACUCUGUUUUGUGUUGAUAUUCCUUUUUGUUACUCUUCAAUUUUCUCCACCCAAAGUUUCUCCCUCUAUUUUUGGACCCAGUUAAAUUGCGUUCGCUGGAUACUUUAAUACCAGAAUAGUGGUACCGUACGUGGUCAUCGCCAAAGAGCUCCGAUGUCUCUAUUUUUCCCCCCUUUUUCUGGCAAAAGGACUGUCUAGAACUGAGAAGGGGGUUGAGAGCUGACGGACGUUGGAGCUAUUCAUAAUGGCCCCUAGAGGAAGACCUAGGAAGUCCCGGGAUACGAGGAUGGACGCAGCCGUUGAUGCCAUGACGAAAAACUAUGGGUUUCCUGAGGAAAUUGUGAAGCGGGUAGCAAAAGAGCUGCUCAAAGAGUAUGAGGGAGAUCAAGGAGAUGAGGGCUGGUUUUUCAUCGAGGACUGCUCUUACCAAGUAUUGGUUGACGCGCUUUUGCUGGAUCAAGAGCUAAAUGAUCGGCACGAUGCUCCUCCUAAUCAGAAAGAGGAUGCUUUGCCACAGAAUAUCUCUUUGCAAGAUGAAAGGGCUGCAGAACAUGCUUUAGCAGAGCCCUCUGGUGUAGUUUCGGAAGCCAAUUGCUCUAAGGUUGUCGAGAAUCAAUUGGAGGCAAACACCAAAGAAGAUGCAGGCCAGCUUCCAUCCAGUGUCAGGGACGGAAAAGGCUGGAAAGACAUUGGCUUGGAUCAGUCUUCAAGUGAGAAAGGGAGGGCUGCUGGCAUUUCUGACAAGGAUGAGAUAGGUGGCUCCAGUCAGGAUUGUGCAAAUAGUGUAAUACUCACCCCUCCGUCUCUGACUCCUACAACACCAGGAGGUAGUAGUGUUUCAAGCCCACCUGAAAACUGUCCAGUGCUCUCUCCUUUUCCUAAGAUCUCACCUCCAAAUGUUAAGCGCGUUCAGAGCAAAAGGCGUCAGCCAUGUAAUGGAUGGAUAUUUGAGAGUGAUGAAGAGGAGGAUGAGGACAUGAUAGACCUAAAACCGGCUAUAGAGUGGGAACAUUUGAGUUGGGGAACUGUUAAGAAGGCAAAGCCGGGGUCAAGAUGGGACUUGAGACCUGAGGAUAUCUGAGUCUCGCUGUACCUCCCUCCAUGUGUUGUUUCAUGGUUUCCCUGUGCUACUGUUAUUUAAGAGGUGCAUCUGAUAUAACAAACCUUCUUUUUUUUUUUAUAUGUUUUAUUCCUCUUUACUUUUAGGAAGAGAUGACAAAAGGGGGAGGGUGAAUGCCGCUGAGAUUCAUUCUUGAUUAACCAUGCAAGCUAGUUUACAUUAUUUCUCACCUCAAACCUUCAUGUUGGGUAACGAAGUUUAGGAAAGUAUAAGUUCCCUUUGCUAAGAUUAUGCAUGUUUGUAAAGGUUGUAAAAACCUUUUGAUC